AUGACCACAGGCCAAGGUGCCACCAGGCAGGAAGCCAGGAAACCCACCCUGCUGGACACAGUACAACCUGCCAGCCUACGAAGCGGCGAGCAGAUGGAGUGGGUGGUUUGUGAUGUGAUGGUGGAAUCUGAGACAGACUUGAAGGAUCGCCAGCGCACCCAGUCGCUCAACGAGGCCUUCGCCGCGCUGCGCAAGAUCAUCCCCACGCUGCCUUCGGACAAGCUCAGCAAGAUCCAGACGCUGAAGCUGGCCGCCAGGUACAUAGACUUCCUCUACCAGGUCCUGCAGAGCGACGAGAUGGACAAUAAGAUGACCAGCUGCAGCUACGUGGCCCACGAGCGCCUCAGCUACGCCUUCUCCGUGUGGCGCAUGGAGGGCGCGUGGUCCAUGUCCGCCUCCCACUAG